CUUCCGCGGCGACUGCUCGGGGCAGCGAGCGGAGCCCGGCAGCUUGGCCGAGUGGGAGGAACUGUAGCGGCGCCGCAGGACCGAACCGCUGAGCCUGCUGCCGUCCCGCGUGUCGUGACCCGCGACCCCCGACCCCGACUCCCUUCGGGUUGGCCCGCGCGCCCCAGGCCCAGCCCGGGCGGCGCGACGGGAGGAUGAGCGGCGGGCGGCGGAAGGAGGAGCCGCCGCAGCCGCAGCUGGCCAACGGGGCCCUCAAAGUCUCUGUCUGGAGCAAGGUGCUGCGGAGCGACGCGGCCUGGGAGGACAAGGAUGAGUUUCUGGAUGUGGUCUACUGGUCCCGCCAGGUCAUCGCCGUGGUCCUGGGCGUCGUGUGGGGCGUGCUGCCGCUGCGGGGUUUCCUGGGAAUCGCGGGAUUCUGCCUGAUCAACGCGGGAGUCCUGUACCUCUACUUCAGCAGCUACCUGCAGAUCGACGAGGAAGAGUACGGCGGCACGUGGGAGCUCACGAAAGAAGGGUUUAUGACCUCGUUUGCCUUGUUCAUGGUCAUCUGGAUCAUCUUCUACACUGCCAUCCACUAUGACUGAGGCUGCACAGCUGCCACUGCUCCCCGCCCCGUCCAAAGGACCCUCUCAGUUACAGCGCGGAAGCAUCAUUGUUGGGCCACCCCAGCCACGUGGGACCUGGAAGACCCGUGUUUC